GGCGCGGCCACACUGCUGACUAAUAAUUUUCUUAUUUUGUAAAUAUUGGACUUUAAUACAAUUUAGGGCGAUGCACGGACGCGUAAAAGUGAGGACAACGGAGGAGGAGCGCGAGCGGAAGAAGAAGGAACAGGCUCUGAAGGUGCGGGCCUACCGUGCAGCCAUGGGAAGAAUUCAGAAGAAGAGGGAUGCAGGCGAGCUGGACAACGAAAUGCUGAGCCUGACGGUUCAGAUCUUGCUGCGGAAUCCGGAUGUCAGCACGCUGUGGAACAUACGCAGGGAGUGCGUGCUGGAGAAGCUGUCCAGGCUAAAGGAAGAGGAGACCGCGUGCGAGACGCCCGGCGAGGAGAAGCCCGAGGAGGAAAACCAAACCGUGGAGGAUAAGACGGGUGAAGAGAAAGCCGCUGCCGAGGACAAGUCCCAUUCCAUUUUCACCUGCGAACUGGACCUCACCGAGCAGUGCCUUAUGGUCAACCCGAAGUCCUACAACGCCUGGCACCACCGCUGCUGGACCCUAGAACAGAAUCCCAGGGCCGACUGGCAGCGGGAGGUGCAACUGUGCAACAAGUACCUCAAAUUCGACGAGCGCAACUUCCACACCUGGGACUACAGACGCUAUGUGACCGGCAAGGCCAUGGUUCCGGCCGCCCAGGAGCUGGACUUUUGCACCGAGAAGAUCAGGGUUAACUUCUCCAACUACUCCAGCUGGCACCACCGCAGUCUCCUGCUUCCGGAGCUCUACCCCAACCAGCAGAGAGACCGGCCCAUGAGUGAGGAGAAGUUGCAGAAGGAGCUUGAAAUGGUGCUGACGGCUGCUUUCACGGAUCCCAACGACAGCAGUGCUUGGUUCUACCAGCGCUGGUUGCUGGGCAGCGGCGCCCAAUUGGAUCGGGCUCCUAGAAUAGCUGCUUUUCGACUGGAGUCACAUGGAGCAAUACUCGCCCUAGACAAGCCCUACCCAGAUAUCACACAACUGAAGACUGAGUUAGUUGGGGGAGGACAGACGAUUUUACUGGAGUCCUGGCUACCAGUGGACAAGCGUGGAACCAGUUGGAAGUGCCAGCAGAACUUCGAUUACCAAAGAAAAUCAACUUACUCCCUUAGGCUCUCCGAUCAGAAGGUUGACCUCUUGCCCCUGUCUGGCUCGGAAAACGGAGCCUAUUACUUUGCGCCGCCACAUGGCACCGCGAGUUGCAGCAAGGAUCUCCUGGCGGAGCUGCAAACGCAGCUGCAAUCCUGCCUAGAUCUUCUGGAGUUUGAGCCGGACAGCAAGUGGACCCUACUAACAAGUGCCCUUCUCAUGCGUGCUAUCGAUUUCUCAGCCAAUCACGAAACGAGCUUGGCGCACUUGGCCAAGUUGGAAAAGGUGGAUUCCUUGAGAGAGGGUUACUACAAGGACCUCGCUGCUAGGUGGACCUUGGAGUGGGAGCUUGCCAAGUGGCCUCAAUCUGCCGACUUUCCCAAGAGAUUCGACAUAGCGGAUGACGUACUGCUGGAAUCGCUUCCCUAUGAUCAAUACUUAGUCAUCGCUGAUGAAAUAACCUUGCCCAACAAACUACGAGACAAAUUGGGGGAAUCAGUGCCCAAAACGUUUGCAGACUUGAAGUUGCAGUCAUAGACCAUCGGUGAAUUGGUUUCGAUAAGCUAGGCCAUAUUUUACAUUUGGUGCUGAACCGUCUUUGGCGAUUUUGAAAGUUUUGAAAGAAGUGCAACCAAUCGCUAAAUUCCAUUUUGCAAUUAUUCCUAUUUAUUCCUUUGUACGAGUAUGAGAAGAAAUGUUAUGUGCAUUAUUAAAACUUAUUAUUACGCUCAUUGUAUAUCGAUGGCAAAUAUACAAAUAGUAAAAUAUC